AUGAAGGUUGCUUUCAUUACGAUUCUGCUGGCGCAGGCUUUGACUGCUAGUGCUCUUCAGAAGUAUUGCAACGGUGGAUGGGGUCUCGCAGAUGGGAAUACUUGUUAUGGAAAGGGAGCAAACUCCUAUUGCUGCAAAAACACUCAAUCAACAGAUUUCCCAACUUUCCGGGGAGCAUGUUUCUCCCCGCAGAACGCUCGUGACCAAGAGGAUACCUCUCAGGACUGCCCCGGAGGUGCUGUCUACUGUUGCGACUAA